UAUAUGGUUUCUAUACUGUGAUAAAAGUAAGAAAUUACUCUUACAUGUCAUGAUAGAACAGAAAUCGAAGAAUUCCAAAUAAAUAACUCAUCCGUAUAAAUAACUCAUUCGGCGAUAAUUGAAUCUUGUAUCCUCAAUUUUAUACACCACACUAAUUCUUCAAUUUCUCAUUGAAAAAAAACACUAAAAAAGACACCUCGCGAACCAUGAUUUCGAUAUAACCUCAUGUAAUGUUACCUCUACCGCAGAAACGGCGACAUCGCAUUCUUCGGCAAUGUACCGGCCUGUAGAUUUGGAACUUAUAGUAUUUUAUGUUCUAAGAUUUAGAAGGCUAUGACUGGGCACGUGUUGGUAUUGGUAGUUCAAUUGGAAGUAUUUAUGUAUAUUCAAAAGAUUGGACUUUCAUUUAGAUCGUAAAUUUUUGAAUAAAUGAUGGAUAAAUCAAAUAAUUUUAAUAAAAUGUCCGAUGAAGAACGUAUUCAACUCGCUACCAAGUUGGACAAAGAAUUGGAAAAGUUUAUAGAUGAUUUACCAAAAAGCAAAUAUAAAGAUGGUUGGGCAGAAGACACUUGGGAAAAGGAAAUGGAAAGUCAUCCUUUUUUCAUGACCAAACCUCCGGAGGCUGGAGAAGAUUUACACCCGCUUUAUGAGGGCUUACAGCAAUUAAAAUAUGAUCCUACUGUCAACAGUCCACUAGAACUUGCAACUUCAUACAAGGAUGAUGGAAACUUCAAUUUCAAAUAUAAAAACUAUAGAUUAGCUGUAGUUGCAUAUACAGAAGGACUUAAGGCAAAGUGUGAUGAUGCAGAAGUAAAUGCAACCCUGCACAAUAAUAGAGCUGCAGCACAUUUUUUUCUGAAGAAUUAUAGGUCAUCUCUGAAGGAUUGUGAAUUAGCAAUUAGUCUUAAACCAGCUCACCUCAAAGCAUUAUAUAGAGCAGUUCAAUGUUGUUCAAAAAUGAAUAAACUAGAAUUAUGUAUAAUGUUUUGUGAUAAAAUCCUUGAUAUUGAGUCUGAUAACCAAACAUAUUUGCAAUUGAAAAAUGAGUGUAUUACAAAAUUGAACGAUCAAAGGAAAGAGGAGAAAUUGAAAGAAAGGAAUGAAAGGAAAAGAGAUAAGAUAGUUGGAAAAUUAUAUGAAGCUAUUGUUAAACGUGGUAUAAAAGUUAAGAAAGGGAAAGAUGGAUUAUUAGAAUUAUUCAAUGAUUGUUAUGAUCAAUUUGCAAAGGUACGUUUGGAGAAGGAUGGUUCUUUAACUUGGCCAGUUACACUAAUGUAUCCAGAGAAUCAUUACCAAGCCCCUGAUUAUAUACAAAGCUUUCCUGAAGGAGAUACAUUUGAGGAUAUAUUUAAAGUGGCCUUCAGCAACCCUGCAGAAUGGGACCCGCAGCAUAGAUAUAAAUUGGAUACUAUUAGUGUUUAUUAUAAAUCAAUAAAGAACAAAUUUGUCCCAAUAAGUUUAUCUGAUACUUUAGGAAAAGUUAUGGCUAGAAAUGAUUUUCUGGUUGAAGAAGGAACUCCCUUGUUCUACAUAUUUGUAAGGGGAAGUGAAUUGGAGAAAAUUAAUUUGAGAUGAAAUUGGAACUUGAGGUUUUCCAGGAAGCUUGGAGGAAUGUGAAAAUAUUUCUUUUUACUAGAGAGAACCAUUUUGUUCUCUUGAUCUGGUCUUGAGCAUGUCAAUGAUCUUUUAGAUACUGAUUCUAGAUGAUUUUUCAGGUUGGAAAACAUAUUAUGUAUAGAAAUUUUAUAUACAUGCAUUUGUACAUAUUUAAUAAAGUUUUUAGUUAUCGA